UCUUGAUAUUAGUGGAACUAACUUAAGGGAGAUGCCAAUGCAAAUGAGUCAAUUAAAAAGUCUCCAACAAUUAACUGCUUUUGUUGUGGGAAAGUGUAGUGGAUCAGGUAUUAAUGAGUUGAGGCCGUUUCAUCAUCUUGUUGGGACACUUUCCAUUUCAAGUUUGCAAAAUGUAAAAAGUGGCAGGGAUGCAUUGGAGGCAAAGUUGGAGGAGAAAAAGUACCUUCAAAGGUUAGUGUUGCAAUGGGGGAACUAUACUAACGAUACAGAGAAUGAAAGAGAUGUGCUUGACAAGCUGCAACCUCAUAGAAACUUGAAGCGCCUUGUGAUAAGAAACUACGGAGGAACAAGAUUUCCAGAUUGGUUGGGAGAUCACGCAUUCUCUAAUAUAGUGAAUUUGAGCCUUGAUAAAUGUGAUAAUUGCAUUUCAUUGCCACCACUUGGUCAACUGCCUUCUUUGAAACACCUUAGCAUUGCAAGGAUGAAUGGAAUAACUAAGGUGGGUAAGGAAUUCUAUGGGAAUGGUUCUUCAACCAAACCUUUUCAAUCUCUCGAGACUCUUCAUUUUGAAGAAAUAUUGGAGUGGAUGGAAUGGAAUAUUUUGGGGCCUGAAGAUUUUUCGCAACUUAAAGAACUUUGUAUAAUCAAGUGUCCAAAGUUGGUUGGAGGCUUACCCAAACACAUGCCAUCUUGGGUGAGACUCGAGAUUCAUGAAUGCUCAGCACUUACGGCUUCACUUCAAAGGACUUCGGUUGCAAAUAAACUAGUAUUGAAUGGAUGCAAUGGUGUAGACUUGGGAUGGCAUGGUGUGUCUUCUCUUGUAAAUUUGGAGAUUUCAAAUAUGCCAAGUUUAAAGGAAUUGACACCCGAGCUACACAUGCUAACAAAUCUGCAGAAGUUAAUUAUAAGAAAUUGUCCAAGCCUUGUGUCAUUUCCACGCAUACUCAACACUUGCCUUCAGGAAUUGUGUAUUCAAAAUUGUUCAUCACUUUUGUCUUUUGCCGUUGGUGUUCUACCCAUUACAUUGAAUUCAAUUUAUAUUUGGGAAUGUCCGAAACUAGUGUUCUCAGUAUCAGAGGAGAUGGAGUGCUGCAACAGCUCCCUUUCUCAUUUGAGUAUGCAUGGCUUUUGUACUCUGUCCUUGCCGCAUGGAUUCUUUCCGAAACUUCGAUUUCUAAGAAUCGCAAAUUUUAAAAUCUUUUCAAUUCCGAAUGGCCAUGGACUAAAAAUUUGGACAUCGCUUUUGCAAGUUGAGAUUGGUGGUUGCAAUAGUAUGGUAUCUUGUCUGCAAGAAGCAUUACACGCUCCCAAUCUGAAAAAUUUUUGGGUCUUCAACUGCAAAAAGCUCAAGUCGCUGCCAGAAGGAAUGCAUACCCACCUUCCAUCUCUUGAAUCACUGAGAAUAUGGAACUGUCCAGAAAUUAAGUCCUUUCCGGAAGGGGGUCUGCCUUCCAACUUACGUCGACUUGAAAUCAGGGGUUGCAAGAAACUUGUGGAUUGCCGGAGAGAGUGGGGUUUGCAACGACUCCCCUCUCUUACAGAGUUCGUAUUUGGAGGAGGCAAAUAUGAAGAAGAGGAUGAUGAUGUGCUGGAGUCCUUUCUGGAGGAAGCCCUGCUGCCCCCCACUCUUACAUCGCUCUCGAUCAUAGGUCUACAAAAUCUCAAAUCAAUCAACUACCAGAGCUUUCAACACCUGACUUGUCUCAAAGAGCUGCGAAUCUGCCAAUGCCCUCAACUCCAAUCCUUGCACGAAAAGGGUUUUCUCGCCUCCCUUUCUAUGCUGGAAAUCUUCGCAUGUCCAUUACUGAAACCUCGUUGCGAGAGGGACAGAGGUGAUGAAUGGCACAAGAUUGCUCAUAUCCCCUUCAUAGAAAUCGACUAAAGGUACUGCAAAUUCUCAUAUUCUAGACUGAGUAAGCUUGACAUCCGGAGUGGAUCAAAACUUGAGGACUGGCACAGGUUUAUUAGGCUUAACAGGAGGACAUAGGAGAUGGAGCUAAUUUGAUAGUUUCGUUUGCUGGAGAGCUCUUUCAAAAUGCGGAGGAGCUCAUAAGGAUGGGAUUGCACUCAAGUGAGAUAAUCAUAGGAUACACGAAAGCAAUUAAUAAGACUGUUGAAAUCUUGGAUGAAUUGGUUAAAAAAGGUUCUGAAAAGGUGGACGUACGGAACAAGGAUGAAGUUAUUAAAUGAAUGAAAGCUGUUGUUGCUAGCAAGCAACUUGGGCUGGAGGAUAUUUUAUGUCCUCUUAUUGC